AUUUUAAUAACUUAAUACAAUAUGAAUGGAAGAUUUAGCAUCUGCCAUCUGUACUCUUUAAACAUGCAAAUUUGAAAUACGGAUAUAAGCCUUCUUGUUGGCACCUAGAAAACUGAAAUGCACCCUCCUUUUUUGCCCAGGAUUGUCAGGAAAGCAUGUUUAGUGAUUGCUCAUGUAUAGGAGAUUAGGAGUAUAGAAGUUUAUGUAUAGGAGUUUCACUCGCCCUGUAAGGAGCAUUAAGGUGGCUGUACACAGUAUCCGAAAUUCAUUUGUUUUGUCUGUUUUGUCCAGAUUUCGCUGAGGCAUGCGGAACUCGGUAAUGGAUUUGCAUACGACUUCGCAAGCGAAUUCGCACGACGUUUAAUAAACCCUGGUGUAAAAUGUUAAUGUUUUCUCUCUGGAUGUGUUUAUAAUUCUACCUUGGAAAAAUGUAGGGCCUAUAUAAAAUAUAUAUAUAUUUUAUGUGGUUAAAGUAGGGUAGAAAAUUCGACCAAGCAAUCUUAUGUAAAAAUAAAUAAAUGUAAUAUUUUUGGGGAAAAUGUUUGCAUGCUUUAAUUUUAUGUUUUCUGUAUAGUUUCCACUGUAGUUAGGCUUGCAUGGGAUGGAGUGAAGCUUGGAUUGGUUGAUUCUUUUAGUUAAUAAUGGAGGAGGGACUCGUUGAUGGUGGUAGUCAACACAGCGGUGAAACGCCCGUGCAAGAUUUAUUUCAUGAAGAAGCCGCACAUCAGCAUGGUAAGAGCCACAAGCCAUGGUGGAAAUCCCAGUUCUUUGUGAUUGAGCCCGUGUUAUUUGGAACAUGGGACGGAGUGUUCACAUCUUGUCUCAUUAAUAUAUUUGGAGUCGUUUUGUUCCUGAGAACAGGUUGGAUGGUGGGAAAUGUAGGUAUCGGGCUUGCUGUGCUAAUUGUUAUGAUCACAAUCACUGUGGCUGCUCUUGCCUCGUUAUCAGCGAUAGGAAUUUGUGAGCGUGUCAAAGACAUGGGAACAGGGGGUGUAUAUUACCUUGUGUCUAAAGUAUUGGGCGGGAAGAUAGGGGGAACUAUCGGUGUCAUGUAUGCAUUUGGAUUGUGUGUUGUGUCAGCUUUGUACUGUACUGGUUUCGCUGAAUCUGUCACGAAAACUUUCCACUGGGACAAUGAAUGGGCUGUAAGGGGUGUUGCUAUUGGCACUCUAUUGUGUUUGCUGGCAAUUAAUUUGGCAGGUGUUAAAUGGGUGAUCAGGUUACAACUUCUACUUCUACUUGUGCUUAUUGUUUCAACAUCAGAUUUUAUCAUUGGUACCUUUGUUCAUACGGACCCAGGUGCUGGGUAUGUUGGAUAUUCACCUCAAGUUCUCCACAAUAACACUGGCCCCUCUUUACAAGUGGGUGAAACAUUUUUCACUGUAUUUGGGGUGUUUUUUCCCACCGCUACUGGGGUAAUGGCCGGGGUAAAUAUGUCGGGAGAUCUUAAGAACCCAGCCAAGAGCAUUCCUGUUGGGACUUUAUCAGCUAUUAUGAUAAGCUUCAUUUUAUACUUAGUGUUCGUUUUAUUACUUGGUUCAACUUGCACAAGAAUUGCUUUACAAACUGACUUCAUGAUUGCUGAAAAGGUAUCAGCAGUUGGUGUAUUAUGGCUUAUUGGUAUCUACAUGUCAAGUACCUCAUCAUGCAGUACAGGUUUAUAUGGUGCACCACGUGUUCUACAAAGCAUUGCCAACGAAAAUGUGAUUCCAGCUAUCAGGUUUAUGGGGAAAGGGUUCGGAGCGAACAAGACACCCGUGAUCGCGAUAUGCGUCGUUGGGCUCGUCUCGUUAUUGUUCAUAUUCAUCGGAAAUUUGAAUCUCAUUUCUCCCGUGAUAACAUGUAACUUCAUGUUGGUGUAUGCUUCCGUGGAUUACUCAUAUUUUGCUCUUGCUAUGAGCUAUGACAAACGAAUUAAAAAUUUCAGCAAAUAUAAGGAAUCCAGCUCACCCAACCAACGCAAGGCAAGCCCCCGUGUAAGACACGUAAGUUACGGAUCAAACGAGAUAAGACCUGGAACUAUGGAUGAAUUUACUAAGGACCUUGACACCAUGGAAAAAAUAUCAAAGGAGAAGGAAAAUGAAACAGCAACAACCACACAGAAAGACACAAUACAAAGAACAGGAAGAGAAUAUUUGAAACAAAGUUAUGGUUUGGAUGAAAAUGAAAAGAACAUUGAUCAACCUGAUGAUAAUGCAAGCGAUGCAGUGGAAGCUACAGAAGAACAAACUCAAUAUCAGACACCAACCCCACUCGAACCAACAGAAGAUGAAUUUGUGAAUCAACCGGAAGUUGAUGAAGAUGAUUCUACCAACGAUAGUGAACAUUCAGACUUUAACGACAUGGAUGAGAUACUCCAACAACCACACUCGUGGUAUUCCUUCAUGUGCAAUAGAUGGUCCUCAUUGUUCGCGGCAUUCCUCAGCAUAGUAGUGAUGUUCCUUAUACACUGGGUGUAUGCACUUGCGAAUAUUCUUGCUUUCAUUCUUAUCUAUCUUUAUACAUCGUUGUUUAGCCCGGGUUUGAACCCCGGAGCUGCCGCGCAUUUUAGUUUUGUGGAGUGGGUGAAAGAAGUGACCAGCGGGUGGUGCAACAAAAAGCCCCCGGUCCCCGAGCAGUUUGUGGUCACCCCGAUGACCACGGCCCCCUACACCAUGGUACCCACCCAACUUACUGUCGAUAAUGAAGAUUUCGCCAACAGGGGUCGUUUCCAUCAGUCGGCAGUUGGCGAUUAUGAUUACGCUUCACUUGCCACUGAAAAUAAACCACUCCUAAUGAAUGGGUCAAGGAAACAUAGUAAUUGAAAUAUUUUGGUAAGGGUAAGGGGUUGGCUAAAAUCGAAUUAUAACAUGUGCGUAUGGGUUGUUUAAAAUGAUGGUAUCACCCAGUUCUCCUUGGUUAGAAUGGAUAUUUUAUACACCUUGUUUAGAAAAUCAAAUUAUUGAAAGAAAUAUCAAUUCAAAUACAUUCUAUGGAACAAAAAUUAGGAUUAUCAUGUGAGACACACUUCACUAUCUGUAUAGUUUGCGAUGAUUAAGUAGCUCAUUUGCAUAAGUCUAUUUGACAUAGAUUGUGUUGAGCCUUUUAUAAAAACACAAGUCUAAUAUUUGUAAGCUUUUAUAUACAAUGUUAGAGUAUUUUAUUUGCUUUUUAAAACGCUACAGGCACCAAGAGAUACUUUAAUGUCAAACAUAUUUAAAGUAACAAUAUUUUUCAAUUAUUAUUAAGGUUCUCUAUUUUUUGUUUUGUAAAAUAUUUGGGUGCUAUUUUCUGUAAGGGUAAAUUCAGAUUCGUGAGUGUUGACAUAUAAAACUAUAAACUAAUAUGUAGUGUCUGCAGUUGACUAAUUUUAAAGUGGGAUUAUCAUAUUUACCAUGCUUUUAACAGUCUAAAAAUGGUUUAUAUUUUUAUAAAUUUCCACAUUUAUUUGCACUUUUUAAUUCCUAUUUUGGUGCCAAAAAUCAUGUGUCUUGCAGUUUUCAUACAUUUUUAGCCCACAAUUUUGUUUCCAUUUGCACAUUCCUACAAUUUCUUCAACUUUUUGUGUAGUUUCUUUCCUUGUUACUGUUUGUACGUUGCAGUUCUAAUUUAGCGUAGUGUUUAAUCAGUUUCUUCCGAAUAUUUAAAAUUAGUACUGUUAGAAUGUAACGUGUUUUGUAUUUCUUAAUUGUAAUUUUAGAACAAAAAUAAAAGUCUUCCUGCAAGUUAUUGUGAAGAUAA